AUGGCAGAAAAGAAAAUUGGCAUCUUCCCUGCUGCAGGCGCUCUAGGCGGCAGCGUCGUCAAACACCUAUCCUCGCUCAUCCCAGCAUCCAGCUUAAUUCUGAUCGCGCGGAAACCUGACUCCCUAGCCGAGUACAGUCGACAAGGUGCCGUGGUCCGACGCGCAGAUUACGAUGAAGACUCUUCUCUAUCUCGAGUGUUUGAUGGCGUCGGGGUGCUAUUUCUGAUCUCGUAUGCUAGCUGUGAGCAUGAGCAUCGGUCGAGGGCACACCGCAAAGCAAUCGACGCCGCCCUGCAUAGCGGCGUAAAACACAUUUUUUAUUCCUCGCUCGCCUUCGCAGGUAAUCUGACCAUGUCCAGCGAGGCACUCGUCAUGCGCGCCCAUCUCGAUACAGAGACCUACCUCCAAGAACUCAGUCGCACGCGCGCCCCAGAUUUCACGUAUACAAUCAUCCGCGAAGGUUUGUAUCAUGAGUCAUUCCCGAUUUAUACAUCCUUCUUCCGGCCGCAGGACAUCAUUGAUGUCCUUAACGACGAGCAAAAUCGAACACAAAACGGCGGUGGCCACGGUGAAAUUCAGAUCAAGAUUCCGCACGACGGGUCUGGCCCGGGAGUAGCGUGGGCGAAUCGCGAUGAGUUGGGGGAGGCGAGCGCCAAGAUCGUUAACCUUUACAUGCAUGAUCCGCUGGGCUACCCAUUUACGAAUAGCACGUUAUUGCUGUCUGGCCCCAAAGUGCUUACAUUAGAUGAAGUGGUUGCGAUUUUGGAAAAGCUGAUCCGCGAAAGAACGGGUAAAGAUAUUAGUAUCAGGAUUAAAGAAGUUUCGGUUGACGAUUAUGCGAAUCAGCCUCAAGUGCCGCCAUUGUUGACGUAUCAUGGUGUCGACCUCAGCCGCGAAUGGGCUACGGCGUGGCAGGCUAUACGCAACGGGGAAUGUGCAGUUGUGUCACCUGUCCUCAAAGAAAUCCUAGGUCGAGAGCCGGAGGAAUUCGAGACUACACUCAGAAAAGAUCUGGCCAGACAGUACGGUUCAUGA